UUUGAACAGCGCUGGCAAAUGAACAAAAAGAGCCAAAAAAACCAACAAGAAAAUUGAAAAAAAGAAAAAUUAUUCAUAAAAUACUAAACAGCCAAAACCCUGUUUUGGUGUCUAGGUUGAAUCUAGUGAAAGAAAGAGUGAGAGUUCUUACACAGAGAGAGAGAGAGAGAAAUAGGCAGUGAGCUCCUCUUCCAUUUCAACUGUAGGUCCACAAAUCUCAAGGAAAAAGAGAAGAAAUUCAAAGAACCCAUUUCUAAUUCUCUUCUGGGCUUUCAAAUUUCCAGUUUCUCGGCAACAAAUUCAGCCUUCCCUCCACUGCAAUACUUUCUCUAUCUAGCACCUAUCAGAUCCAUGGUUGAUUCAUUGGCUUUCUGAUUGUUUUAUGGUUCUAGGGUUGUAGUUUAGUGGUUGCAACUUUGCAACUUGCAAAGCAUGACGGAUACAGACACUAACAUACCUCUAUUUGAGAAUGUGGUGGGCUGUGAAAAUGGAGUUCAGCAAGAACUUCCAACCGCUGGGGAAGAAGUUAUUGUUGACAAGUCUGAUUGGAUACCCAAUGGCAGUACCGCUAUUGAAGAAGUGCAAGGGAACUUUGAGAGUGCUUUGAUUUUGAAGGACGAUGAAGCUGCUGUUUAUAGCAAUGGCAGUGCUGGUUCUAAGGAAUCCAAAGUUAAAAAUUCUGCAGAGCACAAGAGUGAAAAACCGCAGAAAGCCCCUGGAAAGCUCAAAAAUGGGAAGCCUUCAAGCACUGGACAUACUGUGGUUUCUGGACUAAAGAAAGGCAACAAUGGAAAACAUGGGUUAUCUAGCUCUGUUAUUUCAAAUGGGACCAUCACCUCAGAAUCGCUGUCUAAACAACCUACUGCUCUCAGUGCAAAGAGCAAAUCAUUUAAUGAGAGGAAAGCUACUGAGAGAAAUCCUAAGCAAGAGUCUUCUAUUGUGAAGGCUAAUCAUUCUAAGCAGACUGAUAAAACAUCUUCCCCAAGUGAUGCACAACCCGAAGGCCUUGAGGAAAAACCUAAAGUUAAGCCACUGAAGAAAGACCCUCCAAAUAAAGCUGAAGUUCCAGAUGAAUCUUCUGUAAGUCCUACUGCUGCAGAUGCCAAGUCGCAUAGAGUGGGUGCUCUUCCAAGAUAUAGUUUCAGUUUCAAGUGUGACGAAAGGGCUGAGAAAAGGAAAGAGUUCUACUCUAAACUCGAGGAAAAGAUCCAUGCAAAGGAAAUGGAGCAGAAUAAUUUGCAAGCAAAGACUAAGGAAACACAAGAAGCUGAGAUCAAAAUGUUUAGAAAGACCUUAGCCUUCAAAGCAACUCCAAUGCCAAGCUUCUAUCAGGAACCUCCACCUCCGAAGGUGGAGCUGAAAAAGAUUCCUCCUACAAGAGCCAAAUCUCCCAAGCUUGGUCGGAAAAAAGGGUCUCCUAGUAGGGAAGAGAACAAUGACAACAACGUGCGACCUAGUAGGUUGAGCUUAGAUGAAAAAGGGCCCCGGGAUAGCCCUGCCAAGGGACUUUCUCUUGUUAACGCUAAAAGGACUCAACGGAAGUCCCUUCCUAAGUUGCCAUCUCAGAAUACCAACUUAACCGGUGAAACAAAGAAAUCUUCCAAUAGCAAGACGAGCUUAUCCAAGGAGGCCAUUGAUCAAAAUAGCACAUUUAAGGAGAUCAAUGAAACCGGAACUGAUGUUCAGAAACAGGAGGCAACCAUUGUCGAGCCAAGUGAAACCGAGCCAAAGGCAAAACGAUGAAUCUUGUUUUGAUGGUCAAGGACAGAUGACUAUGGUGAUGGAAUCUAUUGUUGUGGACCACUAAUAGCAAGAACCGGAGCCCCAGUUACAUUUAUUAAGCAGCUGAAAAUCACGCUUUGCCUAAAAUAUUGGAAAAUACGAAUAAGGCUCGAUUCAUUUUAAAAAAUGAAGGUUUAAAAACUGUCUAGUUGGGCAUGAUGUGUUGUUUUAUCCAUAGUUGGAGAUGAGGCUUGGUUUCUGAUGUGUAUUUUCUUAUGAGAUUCAUGAGUGUGGCGCUUGGAACUGCAAGCAAUUGCAAGGUAACCAAAUUUGCAAUUUGUUGGUCUUAGUCUUAUGGUUUAGAACUUUAGAUGUAUUCUAGUUUAUAUUUACUCUUGUGAAAAUAUUUUUGAAAUUUUGCCUCGAAACAUUGUAAGAUCCAAGUCUUCAUCAGUUUCAGAAGUUUGGCAAGCAUGUUCAGUCUGUACUGGCCUGUUGGAACUGUGAUUAACAGAGAACUACUGUUUGUUAAUUGUAGUGUAUCUAUAUUUGCUUAAUA